AUGGUCUUCGAACAACCCACCCCCUCAUCACCAACCUCUACCCUCCCAGAAACCAUGCGCGCCCUCGUCCUCCACUCAACAUCCACACCUCCAAGCGUCGAGAAAGUCCCCUGCCCCCGCCCAACACCAGGCUCCGCCAUCGUCAAAAUCCUCGCCUCAAACGUCCUCUCCUACACCCGCGAAAUCUACAACGGAAAGAAAAACUACCCUUUCCCAACCCCCAUAAUCCCAGGCUUUUCCGGCAUAGCCCGAGUCUCCGCCAUAGGUCCCGAUGCUACGAAGCUGAAACUCGGAGAUUUGGGUUUUCUGGAUACGACUGUGAGAAGUAGCGAUGAGCCCAGCGAUGUUUUUCUUUGUGCUGUGACGGAGGGGUUUACGGAGGGGAGUAAGAAGUUGAUGAGGGAGGUUUGGAGGGAUUGGAGUUUUGCUGAGUUUGCUCAUGUUCCACUUGAGAACCUCACGUUGUUAGAUGAAACUCAGCUUACUAAAAGUUUGGGGUAUAGGGUUGAGGAGCUGGCGUCUAUUGCUACACUUCUCGUGCCAUAUGGUGGACUCAGAGAUAUUGAAUUUCGAGCUGGACAAACGGUUAUUAUUGCGCCUGCUACGGGACCGUUUGGUUCUGCGGCUGUGAAGGUGGCUUUGGCGAUGGGUGGGAGGGUCAUUGCUAUGGGAAGGAAUCGGGAGAAGCUGGAAGGUUUGAAGAAAGAAGGGAGGGUAGAAAUUGUUCCCAUCACUGGCGAUAUUUCCGCGGACUCUGAAGCGAUUAGAGCUUGUUUCGGCGGGAAAGCGAGAAUCGACGCAUACUUCGACAUCGGACCUCCCGAAGCUGAAGAAAGUACUCAUAUCAAAUCUGCGAUCCUGGCAUUAUCUCAUGGUGCUAGGGUUAGUUUGAUGGGUGGGUAUAGAGGUGAUAUUGCCAUUCCGCAUGCGACUGUUAUGCAUAAGAAUCUUAGACUGUAUGGGAAGUGGAUGUAUGAGAGGGAGGAUGUUAGGGAUUUGGUGCAGAUGAUUGAGGGUGGGAUUUUGACGGUUUAUGUAGAACUAGUCGGGGAAUUCGGACUGGAGCAGUGGAAGGAGGCUUGGGAUUGUGCUGCGGAGAAUGCUGGGCCAGGGAAGCAUGUUGUUAUCAAGCCUUAG